GAUGUAUAUACAAUCAUAUUCAUGUAAAAUAAAAUACUAGGUAAAAAUCUCUGGUUUGAAUAACAAUUUGAUCGACUGCAAUGAAUCGAUUGCCAACACAGUACGCUCAAAUGGCAGCAGCCUUGACUUUAUCCAAAGUAUCAGUUAUUUCAACAUUUAGAGUGCAUGCACUCAAGCGUCAGAUUCCUCAGUCUACAUCACACAUGCAGUUAUUCCCAUCUUACACUCCUUUCAGAGGUCUGACUGCUACACCAUAUAUUCAAGCUACAUCGAUUCCACAUUCCAAAUCAUACGAAUUAUUGACCAUCAAAGCCAAAGAGUGGUUCAACACAGGACUGGAUUUGUGGAAUAAAGAAGAUAUAGCAGGUGCAAUUGAGGCAUUUGAGAAAUCUGUGCACUCACAACCGACUAGUGAUGCUCAUUUUAAUCUUGGAAAUUGUUUCCACAUACAAGGUAAACAUGAUAAAGCACUUUUGCAAUGGAACAUGUCGCUGGAGCUUCUUCCUCGUGCAGAUGCCCAUGUCAAUAUUGCAAAUGUGUAUGCCAUUAUUAAACAGGAUUUGGAAACUGCUACGCCGCAUUAUGAAGCUGCACUCGAGCUUACCCCAGAUGAUGGCGAAGUGCACUACAAUUAUGGUGUCGUGUUGGAUGCUUCGUCAAAACUUGAAUUGGCAGUUGAACAUUAUCAAAAAGCCAGAAAGCUCGGUGUGGAACUGGCAGAAAAGAAUCUCAGAAAUGUGCUUGCCAAACUGAUUGGACAAAAGGCUAAAUUGGCUGAAUCGGAAAAUACUCCCAAAAAGGAAUAA